CUUUGAGCUCUGCCGCAGCUCUGCUCAAGUAACUGUAUCAGCAAUGAAGAUACUUUGUAUUUUCCUGAUCUUUGUCUUCACUGUGUCUUGUGGUCCAUCAGCUUCACAGAAAACAGCAAGAGAAAUCAAAGAAAGAAAAAGAGAAUGUUACCUUGUUCGUGGUACUUGCAAGACUUCAUGCAACAGCUGGGAAUACGUAUAUAAUCACUGCAACAUUGAGCCCUGCUGUGUCGUGCGGGAAUACCAAAAGCCAACCCCUAAACGCAUCACUACUACAGCGUAUGCAUAUGUUAAUUUUAAUUUUACUACAGCACAUACCAGUACAGUGAAACAAUAUUAUUUUAAAAAAAUGAACUUUCUAUUUCCUGUAAGUCUAUUUUCAUGUGGGUGUCAUCUGGCCUUCUGGACUACCUGGCAGAAGUUCUCAUCCACCCAUAUGACAAAUCCCUCUUUGUCCAUAAUACUUCCCUUUACCUCUGGCCUGUUUAUUCACCUUGCACAGUAG